AUGAAGGAUGUAACAUGCAGACUCAACAAUGCACAUAAGUUAGCUCUUAGUAUUAUGUGGUUGGAUACUUGUAAUCAAACUAUUUGAAGUAGUACUUUUGACCUGUUUGUUUCAGUAUAUUUUUAAUAGCAGCAGUAAAUACAGUCCUCUCCUCCAACAAGCUCCAAUCUGUAUCUCCUCUGCUCUACACAAUGCUCUUUACAUGGGUUCUCUGUUUGUGUGUCUCUUUGCCUCUAAGGGCUGUAAAAUGCCUUUUACACGGUGUCUUUGGAGCUGAAAGAGAGAGAGAGAGAAAGCGAGGGAGGGCUGUAAAAUGAUCUUUACAUGGUGUCUGUGACGAUGACAGCAGUUUGCUACAGAGCCAGGCCUUCCAGAGGAAGCCACACACAAUAUUUUCUGUUUACACUGAUUCCCUGUUUGUUUUCUCUCCCACUAAUUCUCUCUCUCUCUCUCUCUCUCUCUCUCUGUCUCUCUCUCUCUCUCUCUUUCUCUCUGUCUCUCUCUCUCUUUCUCUCUGUCUCUCUCUCUCUCUCUCUCUCUGUCUCUGUCUCCCCCUCCCUCUCUCCUCCCCAGAGUCAGAGUACAGAGUCCCAGUAUUUUUCCAGACCAGCAGCAGAAACCAGAGAUGAACUGAACUCCUCCACAAUGACAAAGAGAAGUUCCCUCCAGAAGAUGUAAGUUACUAUGAUCUAAUGGGGAGAAUGUUCCGGAGCCACAACGUCAGGAUAAUAAGACACACGAUCAUCCUCUCUGUCUGUUUCCUGUUUCAGAGCCAGGCACGCGAAUGCCAGGCCCCAACCAGAAACCCAACCCCUGCCCUGUGGAUCUAUCCUGGGGAGGAAGCUGCACUCUGAGCAGAGCAGUGACCCCCAGCCACUGACAGGCCAGCCCAGCCUUACCACAGAGGCAGUGCUGCUCCACGGCCAUCCCACAACGUCCACUGACCCCACAGUACGGGUCGGGGCUGUGGGCGGGGUGGGACUCACAGAGAGGCAGCAAGCCUCUGUGCUGGGGCUCCCAGGAAACACUCACCCCAGUGGGACAGUACUGAGUCAGGACCAUCAUCACGAUGGUGAGUCCGUGUCCCCAGAAGACAAACCCAGCAUGGUCCCAGGAGAAGACCCUCCUCCCCCCCACCCUCCCAGGGCCAAGAGAGUGUGCCUUGGACGACCAGUAGCUUGUUCCUCCAAUGAGCUCAUAACACCAACACACUCAGCUGAAUCCUCCAACCCUCUCCCUCCUCCUCCUCUGUCUCCUCCUCAUCUACCUCUGGUCAAAUCCAGUACCAAGACAGAGUCCAAGGCUUUCCCUGCUCCAGCCCCAGCCCCAGCCUUGUCCCUGGCCCCAGCUCCAGCCGCAUCCCUCUCUGCCCCAUCCCCGGCCCCUCUCUCCUCUCUCCCAGACCCUGCUCUUUCCCCAGCUCCAGCCCCGGGGCGGACCCAGUCCCAAACCUCUCAAACCACAGUGAAAGUGGAGCUGCUUACUCCAGGGAAACAGUCCCAGAGUCUCCUUCCUCUCACAAGCAGCAAUAACACGGAGCAGACGAACCAAAACAGCCCCGCCGCAAGUCUGAGAGGCCGAUCUGUCAAGGAUGUAGUCUCCUCAGCCUGGUCUAUUGCCUCCACAUACACCGACGCCAUGGGGGAGAGAGAGGAGACGGAGGCAUGGGGAGGAGAGGAGAGGAGAAGAGAGAGAAGAGAGGGGAGAGGAAGAGAGGUGAAGAGGGGAAAGAUAAUGGAGGGAAGGGAGAGGAAGAGAGGAGACGAGGGGAAAGAUAAUGGAGGGAAGGAGAGUAGGAGAGGAGAGGAGAGGAGAAGUGAGGAGAGGGAGAAUGUGGCCAGACCAUCCAGACUACGGCGGCUGAAGAAGUGGGAGGGUGAGACUGAGGGGAGAGACUGAGGGGGAGAGACUGAGGGGAGAGACUGAGGGGGAGAGACUGAGGGGGAGAGACUGAGGGGGAGAGACUGAGGGGGGAGACUGAGGGGGAGAGACUGAGGGGGAGACUGGGGGGGAGACUGAGGGGGAGACUGAGGGGGGGAGACUGAGGGGGGGAGACUGAGGGGGAGAGAAUGAGGGGGAGAGGAGAUGAGGGGAGAGACUGAGGGAGGAGGAGACUGAGGGGAGAGACUGAGGGGGAGACUGAGGGGAGAGACUGAGGGGGGUGAGACUGACAGGGGGGAGACUGAGGGGGUGAGACUGAGGGGGUGAUGAGAAUUGAGGGGGUGAGACGAGGGGGGGACUGAGAGGGGACUUGAGGGGGAGAGACAUGAGGGGGAGAGAAUGAGGAGGGAGGAGACUGAAGGGGAGAGACUGAGGGGGAGAGACUGAGGGAGGGAGAGACUGAGGGGGAGAGACUGAGGGGGUGAGACUGAGGGGGAGAGACUGAGGGUACAGUAAAGAUGCCUGGUGCCAGGGAUAGAGAUGAUAUUGUGGCAGAUAGAUGUGUUUACCCAAUGUCCUGUCUCUUCCACAGAACCACUUUCUCUCUCACACACACACACACACACACACACAAGUUGACACACGGACAGUACCCAUCCCAAAACCCAAAACAAAUCCUGUCUCUCACAUGCACAUGUCAUAUGCAAACACUAAUACUCAAACAUCAAUUGCUUAACAUAACGUGGCAGAAGUUGUGUUAUGGAUUGUCAAAUAGUUGACAUGGAUCCAACGUGACCCUCUCUCCACCCUUAAGCAGAAGAUGUGGUCAGAAAGAGACUCGUACAGUCGAAAACAAGAAAAACAUUUCAUUUGAAGUUUAGAUUUGGUUUUUGUGUUGGAAGUUAAAGGAAUGUUGAGACGUACUGCAGGAGUAGUAUGUCAUGGACUCUGGCUGUGUCCCAAAUGGCACCCUAUUCCCUAUAUAGACCAGGGCCCAUAGAGCUUUGGCCAAAAGUAGUGCACUAUGUAGGGAAUAGGGUGCCUAGGCAUCUGAACCCCUCCAGUAUCCUCUGCUCUAAGCUUUAGCUACGAUUGAUCUCUCUCUGUUUCCAGAGUUACUUCAUCACUCUUUGUUUUUCGACUGGAGCUCGCUCUCUCUCUCUCUCUCUCUCUCUCUCUCUCUCUCUCUCUCUCUCUCUCUCUCUCUCUCUCUCUCUGUCUCUGUCUCGUUCUCUCUCUCGCUCUCUCUCUCAUCCUGUGGUUUUGCAUGCACAGUAAAUACUGUACUGCACUAUAUUCACAGUCUACAGGACUACAGUGUACCAGGCUUAUCUCUUGUCUCUUAGGAGCCCAUUGUAUUACUCAAUAUUAAACUGUUUUGAAGAUGUAUUGGUAUAUAUUCAAGAAUUCAACUGUAUUUUAACUAUGUUUUGCAUUUGGGGAUAAUAGAGGUGUUUCCUGAGGGCAGGGUUCAGGGUAGGGCCAGACCAGUCCCUCUCCAUAGUCCCACAGCCAGAUAGAUUCCUGGGAAACCAGUCAACCCACUUACCCCUGGCUCUCUGGGGCUCCACAGCCAUGCAGGCCCUCCCCUACCCUGGCUCUCUGGGGCUCCACGGCCAUGCAGGCCCUCCCCUACCCUGGCUCUCUGGGGCUCCACAGCCAUGCAGGCCCUCCCCUACCCUGGCUCUCUGGGGCUCCACAGCCAUGCAGGCCCUCCCCUACCCUGGCUCUCUGGGGCUCCACAGCCAUGCAGGCCCUCCCCUACCCUGGCUCUCUGGGGCUCCACAGCCAUGCAGGCCCUCCCCUACCCUGGCUCUCUGGGGCUCCACAGCCAUUCAGGCUCUCCCCCACCCUGGCUCGGGCUAG